AUGGCAGAUGAAAGUUCAGCAAAUGUAACUGAGGAUGAAAUAAUUUGCUCAAACCUUGCUACCAAAGAAUACUGGAGUGAGCACUACAAAAGAGAACUGAAAAAUUUCGAAGAAUUUGGAGAUGAAGGUGAGAUAUGGUUUGGACGUAUUGCUGAAAAUCGUUUGGUGAAGUAUGUUAAUGGAAAUGAACAAUUAUCAAAAUCAUGCAAAUUGAUUGAUUUUGGUUGUGGCAAUGGUUCAUUGUUGAGAGCGCUGCGACAAGAAGGCUAUUCUUUCUUAUGCGGUGUUGAUUAUUCCGAAGAAGCAAUAUUGCUAGCCAGGGAACUUACAGAAAGACAAUGCGCAGAAAGCAGUAUCCAAAUUGAUUUUCGGAUAGUCGAUCUGUUGAGUGAAACCAUUAAUUUGGGGAAAUUCGAUGCUGUUCUUGAUAAGGGCACUUGGGAUGCGUUAUCUCUAUCAGUCGAUCGUGACUUUCGUUUGAGGAAGUACAAGGCGAAUGUUUGCAAAACUCUGAGAUCUUGUGGACUUUUCAUCAUUUGUUCCUGUAACUAUUUAAGCAAUGAGUUAAAAAAGCAGUUUAACGAUGAAGAGCUGGGAUUUCUUGAAGAAAUCCCACCUAAAAAUAUUUUCGAGUUCGGUGGUCGAGCGGGUUCAACGACGACAUGCAUGGUAUUUCAAAGAGUGUAA